UCCACAUUGCUGAAAUAUUCAGAAACGCGUUUCCUUUUCCUCGUAGUGGAUGGAGAUGGAGAAGAUAUGUAAAUAAAAUCUCACCCCCCUUUAAAAUUUCUGAUAUUGUUUUCUCUCUCACACAAUUCGUUUCCCCAGAAUCUCACGAACCCUAAAAUAAACUUUUCUCAUUCUUCUUCAACACAUUGAGAUUAGAUUCCAAAUCAUUCAAUGUGUCCGUUGAGGUUCUUAUUGGUGUUCUUCUCAGCUGUACUCGCCGGUUAUUUCGCAUGGAAGACGGUUAGUUCUUCGCCUGAGCUCAUCUCUGACGACUCGCCUGUCGAAUUGAAUGAGAAAGAAGGACUCGAUUUCAAAAAGAAGAUGGAGAAUGGGUUUUGGGUGUUCGUCGAUAUGGCUAGCGGAAGAUACCUUUGGAGGAAUCUUAAGGAGAUUAAAGAGAGUACUCAAUGAAGACGAUGAAUGAUCAAUGAAUACACUAAAGAUUUCAUCUUUUUGGUCACACAAGACGAGUUAAUAAUGAAUCCUUCACAUGAAUUUUGUAACUUUUGAUUGAUUAAUUGAUUUGUAAUCUUGCAAAAAAAAAAAAGAAAAAUGGAGUUUUUUUGUAACUUUUUCAAGCAAUUUCUUCUCUUUACUAUUCAA